AUGGUGUUUACACCAGCAGCCGAGUUGGUUAGAACAUCUAUGAUAGGUGCUAGAUGUCAAGUUGUGGUUGAGGGAUGUCAGUUUAGAGUCAACCUGAUUUGCUUACCUCUACAAGGGUUAGAGGUGAUUUUAGGGAUGAACUCACUAUCUGCCGAUCGCAUUCUUAUAGAUUGUGGUGAGAAGAAGCUUUUGUUUCCUGAGGUUGAGGAUAUAUCAUUGUUGUCUUCGAGUCAGGUACGACAAGAGUUGUCAGAGGGGUCAGUUUGUUUUCUAGUGUUGACUCAUAUGGAAGUGGAUCAGAGUGCUCGAGUCUUCGAUCACUCCGUGGUGGGUGAUUUUCUUGAUGUGUUUCCUGAGAAAGUGUCGGGGUUGCCUCCUUAG